AUGCGUACGCAAUUAAAUUCAAACGUAAUCGAUUCGAACGCAAAAGUAACGAUAAUUACGAGUUCGAGAUAAUCCACGUGAUCUCGUGGGAAAUUCGAAGACUAGGUAUAUUCAAAAUGGCCCGAGAAUUUAGCGGUUAGCGCGCCUUAUGUCGCAUGCGAUGGAUCAACAAUAGUAACGUGAUGAUCUAUAUAAAAAACAAAUCUCGAAGAAAAUCAAUACAUCAGCAUUAUCGAUAGCCAUGGAAGAGAAUCUCGGGGACGAGAAUUUAUUGGACGACAACGAGGAGGCCGAGCUGACAGCGCAAAUGGUACUCCAGGAAAUCGAAAACGCCUGGAUGAACGAGAUAUUCGCGCCGGAGAUCUUGCCGCAUCAAUCUGACCUGGUGGACUGCAUGCUGCAGCAAAUCGCGCACAUGGAGGAGAACGUCAAGAGGUUAGACAAGAGUGAUUUACGUGCGCUCGUCCAUCGGAUGGAGCUUGAUCGGAUCAGAUAUGUAAUUAGCAGCUAUCUGCGAACACGCUUGGAGAAAAUCGAACGAUACACAAUUCACAUCUUAUCAGAGGAGGAAAACAGAAACUCGGAUGAGAAAUCUUAUCUGACACCGGGCGAGCUGCGUUUCGCCAAGGAGUACCUGGCCAAUUUGGAAACGCUCUUUAAGACAGUAGCGUUGCAGCACAUGCCGCCUAACUUUCAGCGAUUCGAGGUAAACAAGUUUACUGUUAAACCCAAUAUGCAAGCGCAUGUAUUUCUGCGUGCCAAUCGAAGAGUUACGGGUGUAGUUGUGCCUGGCACGCUGAAUGAAGAGAUAGACUUUGAGGAAGGUUCACAGCAUAUUAUUCAAUAUAGUGCUAUAGCACACUUAGUUAAGUCGGGUGUGGUACAGUUGAUUUAAUAUUCUUAAAUCAAAGGGAAACAAAGUCAACAGACAAAGGUUGUGAUAUCUUUCUUUUUUGUAGAGAAUAUAAAUUUUUAUUCAUAUAUACAUAUAUAAAAUUUCAAUAUACAUAUAUAAAUUCUUCUGUACUUUGUCAUGAUAUACAUCUAACAUUAAGACUUAUUUUAAUUAAUUGAAUAUCACAAGAUAUACAGGAGUAUAUGUAAAAAAUAUAUAAAGUUUGAA